CCUGGCCUUGAGCGGGAAUCGCAGUAUCCGAGGCUGAGCGGCAGCUGGAGGUCGAAUUCACCGUGUCACGUAGAGAAAAGGGGCGGUGUCUCGGGUCUCCCCGUGUGGCUUCAAGGCGGUCUCCUGACAGAAGCUGGUGUGGACAUCUGGGCGUGGGGUUAGAGUGGAUGCGGGGGUCGCGGGGCGGGUGUUGACACUGUGCUCUCACCAGGCGGAUCAUCUCUACCCUCACUCCUGGUGUCUGUGUCUCUGGCGCAGCCGAUGCUGAGUGGGCGCCUGGUCCCAGGUCUGGUCUCCAUGGCUGGCCGGGUCUGUUUGUCCCGGGGCAGCGCGGGAUCCGGGGCCAUCGGUCCAGUGGAGGCCGCCAUUCGCACCAAGUUGGAGCAGGCCCUGAGCCCCGAGGUGCUGGAGCUUCGCAACGAGAGCGGUGGCCACGCGGUCCCGCCUGGCAGUGAGACGCACUUCCGCGUGGCUGUGGUGAGCUCUCGUUUCGAGGGACUGAGCCCCCUACAACGACACCGGCUGGUCCACGCAGCACUGGCGGAGGAGCUGGCAGGGCCGGUCCAUGCACUGGCCAUCCAGGCACGGACCCCUGCCCAGUGGAGAGAGAACUCUCAGCUGGACACUAGCCCCCCAUGCCUGGGUGGGAACAAGAAAGCUCUAGGAACCCCUUGAACCCUAAGAAAGGGGGAGGACCAAGAUCCGAAUGGGCUGAGUGAGCACGAACUACUGAGGCCUUCCCUUCGAUCCAGUCCAGCAUUUGUAAGGGAUGAAGAUCCCUGAGCCCUAUUCUGUUGGGGUCCAUACAUAUUCUCCAAAGAUAGCAACUUGCUUCAGGUCAAAGUGAACCCAAGAAAAGAGAAGAAUCACUCACUACUGCUCUUGCCCUGGACUAUUCAGGAAGGGCAACCCAGAUGUUUCAUGUUAAAUCGUGACAGAACUGCACCAAACCUGAUGAGUUGGAAACAAUCCUAUACAUUAAAAGAAAUUACACUAUGA